AUGUCCCACAAACAAGGAACAACGCCCGCAGACAAGACACAAGAUGAGCAUAUUGAAUCAGUCGAGAACGCGCCACGUCGGGAGCUGCAACAUGCAAACGAACCUACUCAGGAUACAGCUUUUGGCCUCAUGAGAGACGCAGGUCAUUCAGCCAUCCUAACACCCGAGAACAACGCCAAAGUCCUUCGGAAGAUCGAUCUAAGGCUCCUGCCUAUUCUGCUGGGAAUCUAUUUCCUGCAGCAGGUCGAUAAGUCGACUCUCUCAUACGCAUCGGUCUUUGGGUUGGUCGAGAAGGCCCAUCUACAUGGGCAGGAAUACUCGUGGCUGGGGGCGGUCGUCUACCUGGUGCAACUCGUUGCUCAGCCAUUCGUCGCCUACAUCCUGGUCAAGGUGCCUCUGGGGAAGUUCCUGGCAUGUACGACCUUUUGCUGGGGCAUUGCCCUGACAUGCAUGACCCCAGCGAACACUUUUGCGAAGUUGUUGGUUUGUCGGAUGUUUCUGGGUCUCUUUGAAGCUGGUAUACCGCCGGCGUUCAUUGCGAUCACGCAAAUGUGGUAUCGACGACGAGAACAACCCGUCCGACUUGGUUCAUGGUAUGCUAUGAACGGAGUGGUGAACAUGUUUGGAAGUCUGAUAACCUACGGUCUUGGUCACAUUGGAUCUUCGGUCUUCGAGCCCUACCAGAUUAUUUUCUUGUUUUUCGGGCUCAUCACGAUUGUUUUCUCUGCCGUUGUAUUUAUUCUGACACCUGACUCGCCGAUGAAGUCCAAUUUUCUUCACGAAGAGGAUAAAGUUCUGGCUAUUGAAAGACUUCGUAUGAACCAGCAAGGUAUCGAAACGCACGAGUGGAAAUGGCAGCAUGUGAAAGAAACAUGCCUCGACAUCAAGUCUUUCUUUUGGUUUGCUUUGAUGUUCUCAAUCUCAAUCCCCAGCGGCGGUAUCUCGACCUUCGGGCCAUUGAUCAUCGAAGCAUUCGGAUUCAACCAAUUUGACACAAUUCUUUUCAAUAUACCUUUUGGCGCUGUCCAGCUCAUUGCAACUAUGGGAGGGGCGUGGAUGGCGACUAAGCUCCAGAUGAAGGGUCCUGUCAUAGCUUUGCUCUGUUUGCCUGCUAUUGCGGGAUGUGUAAUGUUGUUGCAGAUUCCGCACGAUGGUAAUCACAAUGGGGCACUGCUUGCAGGAUAUUACAUUAUCUCUGUAUACCCAGGAAUUACACCCUUGAUCUACUCGUGGUCUGCUGGUAACACAGGAGGCGAAACAAAAAAGAAGCUCGUGAACGGUAUUCUACUCGUUGGACAAUGUGCUGGUAACGUCCUAGGAUCGAACCUGUACACUACAACUGAAGCACCGCUAUACAGACGUGGUCUGCUCUCCAACCUCGCCAUGUUCUGUGUUCUCAUCCUGCUUUGCGCAUUGAACAUGGGAUACCUCUUCUUCCUAAACAAGAAACAUGAGCAAAAGCGAGUGAGCAUGGGAAAGAGCGCAAAGAUCAUCGACCACUCCAUGCAAGCCGUAGGAGCCGUCCCAAUCGACAAGACCGAAGCACCUCAGGAGACGCUUGGCGAUGACAAUGCGUUCAAGGACCUGACGGACUGGGAGAACGAGGAUUUCGUCUAUGUAUACUAA